GCAAACCGGGGGAGGGGGGCGUGUCUUUCCCGGCCCCGCCCCCUCCCUUCGCUUUCAGUCCUGGAGCGCCGCUAGGCUGCCAGAGGGAAGCAGCCGCCACCUGCUCCUGUGCUGAGCUCCUCGCGGAAGCCGCCGCCGCCGCCCGCCUGGAAAGUUACCGAGCCGCCCGCGCGGGGAAGCCAGGAGCCGAGCGGGGAACCCGCCGCCGUCGUCGUCCCGGGAGGAGCAGAGCCCCGCGGCCGGGCGGGAUGAUGGAGACCCCGCUGCCCUGCCUGCUGCUGCUCCUCGCAGCCCUCUGCCUGCGGCCAGGCCUUGGAUUGUACACAGUAAAUGCAGUAUACGGAGAUACCAUUGUUAUGCCUUGUUCUCAGGGAGUACCUACUGACCUGAUGUUUGGAAAAUGGAAAUAUGAACCGGAAAACAACUCUCCAGUAUUUAUUGCCUUCAGGUCAGAAACAAAAAAAAAGGUUCAAUAUGAUGACGUAGCCGAAUACAAAGGCAGAUUGAGUCUCUCAGAAAAUUAUACCUUAUCCAUCAAAAAUGCAAGGAUCAGUGAUGAAAGAAGAUUUGUGUGUAUGCUAGUAACGGAGGACAAUGUGUAUGAAGAGCCUACAGUAGUCAAGGUGUACAAACAACCAUCUCAACCAGAAAUUAUACAUCCAGCAGACUUCCUAGAAACGGAAAAGCUUAAAAUGCUCGGGGAAUGUAUUGCAAGAGAUAGUUAUCCAGAUGGCAACAUUACAUGGUACAAAAAUGGAAAUAUUUUGCAGCCCGUUGAAGGAGCUGUAGUCAUGAGCUUACAAAAGGUUGUGAACCAAUCAACUGGACUCUUCACCACGACAUCUUCUCUCCAGUUCAUGCCGACAAAGAAAGAUGCAAAUGCACAGUUUGCCUGUAGCGUGACAUAUUAUGGACCAUCUGGACAGGAAAAAAUACCAUCUGAACCAGUGGUCUUUGAUGUUCACUAUCCUACAGAGAAGGUGACAAUUAAAGUGCUGUCACAAAGAAAUACCAUCAAAGAAGGUGAUAACAUCACUCUAAAGUGCUCAGGAAAUGGUAACCCCCCUCCACAGGAGUUUUUGUUUUAUACUCCAGGAGAAUCCGAAGGCAUAAGAAGCUCAGAUACUUACAUAAUGACUGAUGUGAGACGAAAUGCAACAGGAGAAUACAAAUGCUCUCUGAUUGACAGAAGCAUGGAGGACUCAGCCACUAUCACAGUUCAUUAUUUGGAUUUAUCACUUACUCCUAGUGGAGAGGUUAUUAAGCAGAUUGGAGAAGCUCUGCCUGUAUCAUGCAACAUCUCUUCCAGUAGAAAUGCAACUGUGUUUUGGAUAAAGGACAAUACCAGAAUGCAGACAAGUCCGUCAUUUUCAAGUCUACAGUACCAGGAUGCUGGAAACUACAUCUGCGAAACUACUCUACAGGAGGUUGAAGGGUUAAAGAAAAGGAAAACACUUACACUUAUUGUGGAAGGAAAACCUAAGAUCAGAAUGACAAAGAAAACAGGGGCAAAUAAAUCUAAAACAAUAGUCUGCCACGUGGAGGGUUUUCCCAAACCAGCUGUGCAAUGGACAACUACUGGUAGUGGAAGCAUCAUAAAUCAAACAGAGGAGACGAACUACGUUAAUGGAAAAUUUUCCAGUAAAAUUGUAAUUUCUCCUGAAGAGAAUGUUACAUUAACUUGUAUUGCCGAAAACCAACUAGAAAGAACUGUCACCUCGAUGAAUGUCUCUGCCAUAAGUAUCCCAGAAAAUGAUGAGCCGAAUGAUGGCAACAGAGAAAAGGUUAAUGACCAGGCAAAGCUAAUAGUAGGAAUAGUGGUUGGUCUUCUGCUAGCAGCAAUGGUUGCUGGUAUCAUCUACUGGGUAUAUGUGAAGAAAUCAAAGCCACUCCCUCGAACAGUUAGUCACUUUUUGAACCCACCCUCGAACAGUUAUUCACCUAAUCUCUGCCCCCAAAGUGACGUCAAUGGAAAGUCUGAGAAGGCAGCAGCACAGAACUUUCAAACCCUCGUGAGGACACCAUCAAAACAUGUAAACAAAGACCUUGGAAAUAUAGAGGAAAAUAAAAAGCUAGAAGAAAACAAUCACAAACCUGAAGCUUAAAAGACAGAUGUCAGUCAUUCCAGAGAAUACGUAUAGAAGCAUGAACAUGGAUUGUAUUCAAAACAUAUACAAAGAAGUGACAGUUAUUCAUGGUUCAAGUAUUGAACAGAUCAUUCUACCAAGUUUUCAAAGGAUUUUAGAUGCAAUUAUCUCAAGUUUAAAAAAAAAACUAAUUUGGCAUCAGCCAAGAUAGUAGGUCACCAUGUUGUGUUCUGUUUGUUUUUGUAAAUGUCUGCACUGAAGAGUUCUUUUUGUUUGCCUUUAUGUAAAUUUUUUACGUAGCUAUUUUUAUACACUGUAAGGCUUUGUUCUGGGAGUUGCUGUUGAUCUGAUGUAUGGUGUAAUGUUUUUAUUUCAAUUUGUUUUUAGGACACCCUUUGAGCAGGUACAUUUCUAAUUCUGAUUGCUAUCUGUAAAACCCCUGCUUUUGUAGAGCAGAGAUCUAAAAUGUAAGGUUGUGUUAUGAGGCUAGAGCAAGCUCCUUUUUCUAUUCUUGAAAUCACAGUGGCAAGGGAUGGAGCUAGCUAUGACAAAAGUGCACUAAAGGGUUCAUGAAAGUAAAAACAAACAUCUAACUUACCAGAAAAAGGCAUAGAUAGUUUCCAAAAAUAAGCUCGGGAGUCUAGCAAAGAAUUUAUCACAAAAUUCUUGUUAGCCUGUGUACAGAUUGCUGCUAAUAAUUCUUUUUUGAGUGAGUGAAACACACUUGUUAUUGAUAGCAGUUUGGAAAAAAGUUAUUGAUUGUCCUCAGUCUCAUUGUAGAUAGAGAGCAACACUGUAAUUUUGAAUUCGUUUUAAGUCCUUUUGGUUAUCCACUGCCUUAAAGUACUGUACCUUUUCUUCAUUUCAAAAAGAUAACAGUCAGAAUUGGAGAUUUUUUUAAAACAGUGGUCAUAUCAAAGCUGCAUUUUUCCACAAAAAUAGGAUAUAUAUAUAUUUUUUGUGUGUUUUUGUUAACUACGCUACAGAUAUUGAAUGCACCUUGAGAUAAUUUUAGUGUUUUUACCUGGUACAUAAUUUAUCAAACAGUGCAUAUAAUUGUAACAAUGAAAUGUCUACGUAUCUUUAGUUACAUUCAAGUUUAACUUUAUAAACGUGUUUUAUGCUUGAGGAAAUUUUUAGAAUGAUGAUGUAAAAGGAAACAUUUUUGGGGUAGAUGGCCAAUAGAAAACUGUAAAAACUCAGAAGUUCCAUCUCAGUACUCUUAAACAGAAGUGUAGUUUCUGGGAGAAUGUAAUAGACAAUUCUGAUCAUGAGAGGAAAAUAAGUACAUAGAGUAAGCAGAACAUCAGAUUUCCAUUUUUAAAUCUAUGAUCCAGGGGGAAAGUAAGUUUUUAUAGACUGUUAGGCAAAAAAAGUUAGUAAAAACAAAUUAAAGAAAUGGAAAUUAGGAAACAUUUUGCCACUUCUACAUUAUUUAGAAAAAACACUGUUACUUGUAAAUUUGUAAAAUGUUAAAUGUCUGGGCGGUAGUGACUGAUGUCUUAAUAAAGCUUCCUGUAGUGCAUUGGCAUGGAUUAAAUACAUAAAAUGUCCUAUAAACUCUAUGCUGUAUAAAAUAUUACGGGGGAAAUCCUGUUAUUUGCCUCUAAACUUUGAUUUGUUAAUAUUUUAUUUGGCAAAGGGGAAAAUAAUCUUGGUCAACAUUUAAACCAAAGUAAAAAGGGUGGGGAAAAAACCAAAGUUGUUUGUUUUGCAUGGCUAAGCCAUUGUUAUCUCUGUAAAUACUGUGAUUUUUUCCUUUUCUUAGAAUUUUGUUAAAAAAAUUCUAAAAUUUUUAAACACCUGUUUUCCAAAAUAAAAUGUGAACACACAAAAAAAGGUACUUUAUAUACAAUUUUUUUUUAUUUUGGUGUGAGAACACCACUGCCAACUGAAAUGCAGUGGGAGUGACUAGAAAAAAAAGUUGUAAUGGCUUUAAGUAUGUGAUAAAUGACAGAAGUUUAUUGUAAUUCUCUAUAUUUUGAGAAGAAACCUUCAAGACUAAGAAGUAUAGGGAAUGGGUCGAAAAAAUAUUUACCACUUUCUUGGAAAAAAACAAGGAAGAUUUAAAAAAUAAUCACUCACUUUCUACACCCACAAUUGGGAAAAAGGAAUAAAAACCUCACCUUUUGAAAUUCGGCUACAUCUCCCAUCCAGUUUAACUCUUCAGCCCUAGGAGACAGAUUUUUCCCUGUUCAGCGUUCACUUCAGGCAUGUUUCAGGAACCACCAGUGCAAAAAAUAAAAUAAAAUAAAUGAAUGUUUCAAUCCAUGCCUAAAAGAUAAUAAAACUGAAGUAUG